CACCCACUCCUGAAAAAAAUUGGGUAUGAAAACCCUGUGAAUAGCAGAGGAGCAUUGUCUGAUUUAGCACCGAAAGGUGAGAGGAUGGUGCAAAAACACCGUGGAGGGUUCCACUCUGCUGUACACAUGAUCACUAGGAGUCCGAAUCCACUCGACGGCACGAACAACAAUAUGGCACCCAGCGUUUAUUGAACGUUUGCUAUGAGCCAAACUAUGCUAACACUCUCUAGUCAUUUUCUCAUUUAAACUCUUGACAACUUUUGAAGCAGAUACUCUUAUUCCCAUCUCGCACAUGAGGAAACUGAGGUUUAGAGAGUCUGAGCAACCUGUCCAAGUCCACAGUUGAUGGAGACAGCUGACCCCCAGAGCCCCCAAUGUUUUGCUGCUAGAGACUUGGAAAAAAAGCCGAGGAUGUCCCAGUUUGCUGUGGAAUUGAAAUGAUCAGGGCUUUAGAGGCCCUCCCAUCCCCACUCACUGGAUGCUAACCCUAGCAUCCCUGCUCCAGAGAGUGGCCUCCACCUCUCCCUCUAUGUUAAAGAAGAGUGGUUUCUGUGGCCACAAAGGUCAGAAGCCAAAGGACAGAGCCUUUCUUCUCUGAUGGCCAGAUCCUUGGCAGAGAAAGGUACUUCUAGGCCUGAGAAUCAGAGGCUGGGGAAGGCUGAGUAGUGAGGAGCUUCCUGGAAGGGCGGAAAAAGUACCAAGUUACAGAAGGCACGGGUUCCAGGUCCUGCUCUACUUCCAACUGACUGUGUGAUCUUGGGCAAGUCCCUUCUCUUCUCUGGGCUUCAGUUUCCCUCCUGUAUAAUGGGAGAAUUCUUCUUGAUGAUCUAAUAAUCUCUUUCCUUCUCCCAGCCUCCUCUGUUCCUUCCUACACGACCCCCUGUCCAAACUGGCUCUGACAUUCCAGAAGCAGCUUUGAACUAAGCUUUGAAGGUCACAGGUGGGAGUUGCAACCCAUCUCUGAGUUUCCUCCUGGGCACUAGGUCCUGAUAGGGUAUCUGGCCUUGUCAGGUUGGAGCCAUCAGGGGGGAGAAAGGCCCUGAGCAUCUGGGGGACCUGCAUUGUGAUGGCCUCAUCGACUAUGACAUCAUCCUCUCUCCCCCCCUUCACUCCUCCCCGAUCAACUGCUCUGCAAACAACCAUCAGUCUGAAUCCCAACGGCCUGAGAAAGUCUUUUCUCCAGUACCUGCUGCUGAUCUUCUGCCUCAGCCAACAAGAAGCACCAUGGAAUUGGAAUUCACUGAGAAAAACUAUGACAGCUUCCUGCUACAGAAACUGAAUGAACAGAGGAAACGCAAAGAGUACUGGGACAUGGCCCUGACUGUGGACCGCCAUGUCUUUUAUGCACAUCGCAAUGUGCUGGCUGCUGUCUCUCCAGCAGUGAAGAGUCUCAUCUCCAGAAAUGAUGUGAAGACCACCGAUGAGCUCUUUAUCACCCUUGACCCCAACUAUGUGAGUCCAGCCACGGUGGACCAGCUCCUGGACUACUUCUACUGCGGCAAGGUGGUGAUCUCGGAGCAGAAUGUGGAGGAGCUCCUUCGUGGGGCCCAGUAUUUCAACACCCCACGCCUUCGAAACCACUGCAGUAACGUCCUGAUUAAAUCCAUUCGCCAUGCCAACUGUUUGCGCUACCUCAUCUUGGCUGAGAUGUUUGGGCUCAAAGAGGUAUCAGACUUGGCCUACUCUGGCAUUCGCGACAACUUCCACUACUGGGCCAGUCCUGAGGGCUCCAUGCCUGAGGGCUUCCUGUGCUGUCCACCUGUCAUCUUUGGCCGCUUGCUUCAAGAUGAAAACUUGCAUGUGCUCAACGAGGACCAGGCUCUCAGUGCACUCCUAAAUUGGGUGUACUUCCAGAAAGAGGAACGGGAGAAGUAUUUCAAGAAGUUCUUUUAUUACAUCAAUCUUAAUGCUGUCUCCAAUAAGAUACUGAUGUUGGCGAGCAACAAGUUGAGGGCCAUGGAGAACAGCUCAGCCCACACAACCUUGAUUGAGAGUGUCCUUGUGGAACGAAAGCAGGAGAGGCCAUCCAGCCUGCUGAGCCACCAGCGGAAAGGGGCCCUGCUUGAUUCGGUGGUCAUCUUAGGUGGCCAAAAGGCCCAGGGCAAGUUCAACAAUGGAGUGUUUGCCUAUAUCAUCCAGGAGAACCUGUGGUUGAAGCUCUCAGAGAUGCCCUAUCAAGCAGCAGGACUUAGUGCCACCUCUACUGGUCGCUACAUCUACAUGUCUGGUGGCACUACAGACCGGAUUUCAGGGCUGAAGAUGGCUUGGCGGUAUGACAUGGAUGACAACUCUUGGACCAAGUUGCCUGACCUGCCAAUUGGACUUGUCUUCCACACCAUGGUGACCUGUGGGGGGACAGUGUACUCAGUGGGUGGGAGCAUUGCCCCAAGACAGUAUGUCUCUGACAUCUAUCAUUUUGAUGAGUGCAAGGAGGCCUGGUGCCUGGCAGGGAAGAUGAGCAUCCCUAUGGAUGGCACAUCUGUGAUCACCAGGGAUGACCAGAAUUUGUACAUUGUCACUGGACGGUGCUUGGUGAAGGGCUCCAUCUCCAGGGUCGGAGUGAUGGACUGCUUUGACACCAACACUGGUAAGGUGGUCCAGAGUAUUACCUUCCCCAUUGAGUUCAACCACCGGCCCCUGCUCUCUUUCAAUCGUGACAACAUCCUCUGCAUGCACAGCCACCGGCAGAGUGUGGAAAUCAGCCUGCAGAAGAAAAAGGCCAACAAGACAACCGAUUCAGUGCCUCUCUUGCCCAACAACUGUCCCCUGGAUGUGUCCCAUGCUAUAUGCUCCAUUGGAGAUGACCGGGUGUUUUUAUGUGGGGGUAUCACCACAGCCAGCGAUCUUCAGAAAAAGGAACACACCAUUAAUCCAAAUGCCUAUUUGCUGGACCAGAAGACAAGCCAAUGGAAAACCCUAGCCCCCCCACCGGAGGCACUGGACUGUCCCACCUGCUGUCUAGCCAAGCUACCUUGCAAGGUUCUUCAAAGGAAUUAAACCACUUUUUAAUUCAGAGAAUAAUUGAAUGCAUUAUUAUUCACAAUUUAAUGAGAGAGAGAAAGAGAGGAAGACGGCCUGUAGGUUUCUUAUUAGUACUUCAGUCUGUGUUUGGCCCUGAAGGGGAGAUCAUGGGCUAGGGCUGCUCCCAGUGGGUGGAAACUCAGGGCUAUUCUGUCACUGGAGGGAUCCCAGCUGAGGCUGGAAU